AUGGUCCUCAUCCUCCUCCUCAUGACAAGUCUGUUUAGGCCAGUCCGCCUCCAGGCCUCAGAGGAGGGGUGCCUCAGCGGCUUGUGUAACCCCCAGAUCGGAGACCUAAUGAUGGGUCGGGCCGCUCAACUCUCGGCCUCCUCCACUUGCGGACUGGAUGGCCCUCAGAACUACUGCAUCAUUGGAUAUCUGGAGGAGGAAAAGAAAUGCUUCUCUUGUGACUCCACUCGGCCGUUUGAUGCCCAGUCCAACCCAAACAGUCACCGGAUCGAAAACGUCAUCACCACCUUCGAGCCUGAACGCAAGAUGAAGUGGUGGCAAUCAGAAAAUGGAGUCCAUGAGGUCAGCAUCCGUUUGGACCUGGAGACUAUUUUUCAGUUCAGCCAUCUUGUCCUCACCUUCAAGAGCUUUCGUCCAGCUGCCAUGUUGGUGGAGAGGUCUCAGGAUUCCGGUCGCUCCUGGAAAGUUUUUCGUUACUUUUCAGAGGAUUGUUCGCUUCAUUUCCCUCAAGUCCCCAAACAGAUUGCAGAUAGCAUCGACGACGUGGUCUGUGACAGCAGGUACUCCGGCUCUGAGCCCUCCACUGAAGGAGAGGUCGUGUUGAAGGCUCUGGACCCAAUAUUCCAGAUUGAAAAUCCCUAUGCUCCUCACAUACAAGAAUUGAUCACAAUGACAAACUUGAGGAUAAAUUUCACUCGGCUCUUCACGCUGGGAGACACUCUAUUGGGCCGAAAGCGCAGGAAUCCUCAGAACAAGUAUUACUAUGCUCUGUAUGACAUGGUGGUGAGAGGCAGCUGCUUCUGUAACGGACAUGCAGCCCUGUGCACUCCGGCCAAUGGCAGAGGGGACGUCUUCACCACGCCCGGAAUGGUCCAUGGUCAGUGUGUCUGUCAGCACAACACUGCUGGGUUCAACUGUGAGAGAUGCAAGGACAUGCACUACGACUCCCCCUGGAGGCCGGGCGGAGAAGACAACCCUAACAUAUGCAGAAGGUGUAACUGUUACGGCCAUGCAGACUCUUGUCACUUCGAUGCGGCUCGCUUCGAUGAGACAAGAGGAGUGAGCGGCGGAGUGUGUGAUAAUUGCAGGAACAACCGCGAAGGAGCCCAGUGCGAACGCUGUGGUGCAUUUACGUUCCAGGACCCACAGAGAGCCAUCGAGGACCCAAGCGCCUGUAUACCGUGUGAGUGCUCUCCUCUGGGAUCGGAGUCAGGGGGAUUGUGCGAUGUUCAGACUGGUCAGUGUCUGUGCAAAGAGAAUGUGGAGGGACAGCGCUGUGACCGCUGUAAACCCGGACACUUUGGACUGAGGCCCGAGGAUCCACUGGGCUGUCAACAGUAA